GAAAAGUACUGUUGAAGUCGCCACGCUUCUCGUUAAGGGAGACUUCUUCUUCCAAAUAGCCUUCGGCAAGUAUCACAGUUUCAGUGUCUUCCUCCUUACCAGGGGUUUCUGCUAGCGUUCUCGUUCUCGUUUUCCUUCUUCAUUUCCGCAGCUUCAACAGAGCUGCCGUUCACUUUUUGGAUAAGUAUCGAGCUGUGUGCCUUCUCCUCAACAAGAGAAAAGUAGCCGACGAUAGAGAAGAGUCGUCGCCCGCGUCUUUUGCAUUGCUUCUAAGUAGUUGGAUAUGUAAAUAUUUACUCAGGUACACAAAUAGGCACAUCGCUGCUCUCAGCAUAUAUAUGUUCUUCAAAGAAGCAGCAUCGACUUCUUUCCGGAUCUGUUUGUGUCUUUCUUUCGUCCUGCAUUCUCAUAAUGGACAUCCCUAAGCUCCAUCCGCGGCUCUGGGCGCGCAAAGUAUGGAGGCUGCUCUGCCUGCUUGUAGCCUACUACUUGCCGCUGCUCAUUUUCGCGUCCGCUGUCACCCUAGCUGUUGGUUACAACAACCUUUUUAUCGAUCUACUGCGCGACGCCGCGGAUACAAACUCGCUUAUGCCGAAGGUUUAUGAGGAGUUUAACGCCCUUCAAGCGGAGAUAUUCUGGCUCAACUACCCUGCCACGAGGCGCUUCUCAAUUGCCGCCCUCUGCGUGGGAGACACGUUCUUUGCCCUGAUGUUUGUGUCCUUUCUCCGCGCCGUCUUCACUUCCGCGGGCCACGUAUCGCCUGAGCCAUGGCUGUCGCCGCCGAGGGCCGACGCGGCGCGACAGCGGAGUUUGCAUGAAAGUUGGGUCCGUCAGCAGGCGUGGAUAGGUGAGCAGGAGGCAUAUGCACAGCAGAAAGCGGCUCAGACACGGCAGCUGCUUCAGCUGCAGAUGCAGUGGAUUGGAAUGAGCGAAGAUGAAUCGAUGCUUUUGUCGCACACAGCGCUUUCCAAGUUUGCGGCGGUGUCUCCGCAUCGCAGUGAGCGGCAAACUACUUUGUUGAACAGACCCGACCCUGCGUUGAGUGACCCUCCUGACUCUUCUGAGAGGAGCAAACCAGGUCUUCCUCCGGACGGAUUUACGGGAGAAGGCGACGACAUGGAUGGACAAGUCCGACCGUCGCCAUCAGCGACGCUUCAGUUACGCACAGCACAUCCACCCACUCCAGCAUCGCUCUCUCAAGUCACCUCAACCGGCACCACCAACUCCAGCGCAGCCGCCGUAGAUCGGUCAGUGGAGGUGGUUGAUCCUGCUGCGCCGUACGGGCGGCAAUGUAUCCCCCCCACGGUGGAAACCGUUGGACUGAACCCCAACACCGUGUACGAGUACGAGGCUGACGGUUCGCUUCGCUUCUGUGGGAUCUGCCGUCAGUACAAGCCGGAUGGCAGCCAUCACUGCAGCAGGUGUCGGCGCUGCGUCGACAACAUGGACCAUCACUGCAUAUUCCUCAACAACUGCGUCGGCCGGCGCAACUACAAAUUCUUCUUCCUGUGUCUCUUCUACUCGACUCUGUGUGGGACGGUGAACUCCGGCCUGUUUAUAUUCGCCUACGCAGGAAGUGCGGUGUGCGCAGGGUGGGAAGCCGAGUUUAGUCUUGACCCAGAGUUGGGGUGGUCAAUCGAAUGGCGGUGGUGGGUGCCAGCCGGCAUGACUGCCAUCGGCGUCUGUGUCGCGUAUCUCUUGGUGCAACAUGUGCUUCUACUGUGGCACGGCAUAAGCACGUUGGACCGCAUGAACCAGCUAUCCUUCGAGCGUUUCCUUGCUAGGAUUUCCGCGGCACCGCGACCGGUCCGCACCCGUUGUGCGCUUCUCAAGGGCUGCUUUUCGACUCUGCGCACGUGCGUGGGGGCGGUGACCCAGGCAGUGCAGCUAGUGUUGGUCUGUCUGCCAUGCCCGGGGUGCAACAGGUCUCCUCCGCGGAAAUUAGGCCUUCCGAUGCAGAUGGCGAGUUCCACGGAUGCCGCACCCACACAGGCCGAGCGGCGUGCGCAGCGCAUUGAGCUGCUCUUUGGAAAGCCGAAGCACUGCUGGGAGUACUUGUUACCGAUUUCCCCUCAAGGUGGCUGGUGCAAGCCAUGUGGGAAUCGAGGUAGCCGUGCUGUCGUUGAGGCGGUGUGA